CCGUAUGGACAUUGAGGUCUGCGACUUGAACCGCCACAAUGGCUCCUGUGAAAACCAAAGGAGCCGUUAUAGCUGCGAUCUGCUUGUCCGUGGCUGUGCUUUCUUACAUGCUCCCCAAAUACACAUCCAAGAAGAAGAAUUUGCAGCUCUCAAAGAAGAAGAAACCAAGAAAUGGACUUAUUGAUGCUGUGGGUGAUACUCCCUUGAUUAGAAUCAAUAGCCUUUCUGAAGCUACCGGUUGUGAAAUUCUUGGCAAGUGCGAGUUUCUGAAUCCAGGGGGCAGUGUGAAAGACAGGGUUGCUGUGAAAAUAAUUGAAGAGGCUCUGGAAUCUGCACAGCUAGUCCACGGCGGAGUUGUUACUGAGGGAAGCGCUGGAAGCACAGCUAUCAGCCUUGCUACAGUGGCUCAUGCCUAUGGAUGCAGAUGCCAUGUGGUCAUCCCAGAUGAUGUUGCUAUUGAGAAGUCCCAAAUUCUUGAAGCUUUGGGAGCUACAGUUGAAAGGGUCAGACCAGUUUCAAUUACACACAAAGACCACUAUGUCAAUGUUGCUAGGCGAAGGGCAUUAGAAGCAAAUGAAUUAGCAUCAAAGCUUAGAAAAGAUGACCAAAUUUAUGGAGGCCCAGCGCAAAUUAAUGGUUAUAGAUCUGAUGGAGAGAUGCAAAGUUUGGUUUUCUCAAGAUAUUGUAAUGGUGGUUUCUUUGCUGAUCAAUUUGAAAAUUUGUCAAAUUUUCGGGCCCACUAUGAGGGCACUGGUCCUGAGAUUUGGGAACAAACCUGUGGCAAUUUAGAUGCAUUUGUGGCUGCUGCAGGCACUGGGGGGACUCUGGCGGGAGUUUCUAGGUUUCUGCAGGAAAAGAAUUCAAAUAUCAAGUGCUUUCUCAUAGAUCCUCCUGGCUCUGGUUUGUUUAAUAAGGUAACAAGAGGGGUCAUGUACACUAAAGAGGAGGCUGAAGGGAAGAGGCUAAAGAAUCCAUUUGACACAAUAACAGAAGGGAUUGGAAUUAACAGGGUAACACAGAAUUUUAUUAUGGCAAAACUUGAUGGUGCUUUUAGAGGCACAGAUAAGGAGGCUGUUGAAAUGUCAAGGUAUCUUUUAAAUAAUGAUGGUCUCUUUCUGGGGAGCUCUUCAGCCAUGAAUUGUGUGGGGGCUGUUAGAGUUGCACAGUCAAUUGGCCCUGGUCACACAAUUGUAACCAUUCUAUGCGAUAGUGGGAUGAGGCAUCUUAGUAAGUUCUAUAAUGCCGAUUAUCUGUCAGAGCAUGGUUUGACGCCAACAGCAACUCGUUUAGAGUUUCUUGGCAUCAAAUGAAAGAUUUGGGCUGCUUAAGAUCUUUGUUCAGAGUUAAAGAAGUAUAAUGCAACCAUGUUCAUUUGCAAAGUUCUGUUAAGGCUCUCCUCUGAAUUUUGGGCUGUGACAUUAAUUAAGAUUGAUCACCAUUUUUUUAUACAAGGGUUAGGACAUUACUUGUUACAGAAUAGGGCAUACAAAGUUGAGAAUGAUUAUUUUUGGUCCAGUUGAGUUUGAAACCUUGUUGAUGAUGUAGUCUUUGCAACUUACAUUUCUUUAGGCAUUGAUGACUUCAUGUCAAUGUAUAUUGAAUACCUUUAAGCAUCGCAAAUUUUUUCCCUGA